AUUUCAGUUUGCGUCACAAGCGUAACAGCAUUAUGGGCGCCGCCAUAUUUUAUCUGGCGUUUUAAAAUCUUGAAAUAUAAGCUUUCUCAUGCUGACAAGUGAAAAAAUCAUGUCGUUGAAAAAUUCAAAAGAUUAAAUAUGAAAAUGAAUGUAUGACACAAGCCUUCAAAUAUGUACAAAUUUAAAAAAGAUCGACACAAAAAUAUUUUAUCAAUAAAGUACAUGAUAUCUGCUUGAAACGUCAAUAAAAGCGCAGCUGUGACGAAGUCCCUUCAUGCAAUUUUUUUUGGGACGCAUGUUUAUAGCCUUGGGCCUGGCGGUAAUCGUUGUGGAUUUUGAGUAGGUACCUUCUAUAAGUGUAGUAAUUUACCUUGUUAAAAAUCAUCUUCAAUCCAAACCUUAUAUUUAAUUAGUGUGCUAUUUCGUUUGGAAUCUAGAAGGCACAGGCAACCUGGCAACGAAGCUUGAAUCCAAAUCGCAAGGUUUCCGGCCGCUGGCGUCUGCUGUUACAGUUCCAAUUUGAAUUGAUUGAGCCCGCGCCGACCGGCCGUGCUCCAGUGACGUCAUGACGGGCUCCGUGGAGUUCCAGCGGCUGCCCAAGACAGUGGUGCCCCGCCACUACGCGCUCUACCUGCACCCCGACCUGGUGGGGCUCACCUUCACCGGACACGUCAUCUGCGACCUCGAGGUGAAGUCGCAAUGCAGCACAAUCGUCUGCAACUCUGCCGAGCUGGAGGUGACCGAAGUGACCGUCACGGACGCUAACGGCGUCACGCAGCGUCCCGCCGUGGAGCUGAGUGCCGAGCUGGAGACCCUCACGUGCCGGUUGCAGCAGCCGCUGGCGCCGGGCGCCGCCCAGAUGAGGCUCAAGUUCGCAGCCCCACUCACCGACAAAAUGAGGGGACUCUACCGGUGCAAGUACACCAGUCCCUCCGGCGAGGAGCGGUUCGCGGCGGCCACCCAGUUCGAGGCGACCGACGCGCGCCGCUGCUUCCCCUGCUGGGACGAGCCGGCGCUGAAGGCCACCUUCGAUAUCACACUGGUGGCGCCCAGAGACCGGGUGGCGCUCUCCAACAUGCCGGUAUCGCGUGAAGAGGAGUACCCGGGCCGGCCGGAGCUGCGCGUGGUCCAUUUCGCCACCACACCCAUCAUGUCCACCUACAUCAUCGCCUGCGUAGUGGGCGAGUUCGACCACAUCGAGACCACCUCGGAUAACGUCUGUAUCCGCGUCUACACGCCGCUCGGAAAGGGAGAGAUGGGCCGGUUUGCGCUCGACUGCGCCGCCAAGAUCCUGCCCUACUACAAGGGCUACUUCGGCUCCGCCUACCCGCUGCCCAAGCUCGACCUAAUCGCCAUCCCAGACUUCGCUUCAGGUGCUAUGGAGAACUGGGGCCUGGUGACGUUCCGCGAGACGUGCAUCCUGGUGGAUCCGGUCAACACCUCGACGGCUCGCCGUCAGUUCUGCGCCCAGGUGGUGGGCCACGAGCUGGCGCACAUGUGGUUCGGUAACCUGGUGACCAUGGAGUGGUGGACGCACCUGUGGCUGAACGAGGGGUACGCCGAGUUCGCCAUGUACCUGAGCACCGACUACCUCUUCCCGCACUACAAGAUCUGGAUGCAGUUUGUCUCCGAGUGCUAUAUGGGCGCGCUGGCGACCGACUCACUCAGGACGUCCCAUCCGAUCGAGGUUCCCGUCAGCAAUCCAUCUGAGGUGGACGAGAUCUUCGACGGUAUCAGCUACGACAAGGGCGCCUGCGUCAUCCGCAUGCUGCACGAGUUCCUUGGACAUGAGGCGUUUAAGCGCGGUAUGAACCUGUACCUGAAGCGGCACCAGUUCGGUAACACGUUCACCGAGGACCUAUGGGCCGCGCUGGAGGAGUCCAGCGGCCGGCCCGUGCGGGACGUCAUGUCCACGUGGACCCGACAGACCGGCUACCCGGUGGUACGCGUCUCUGAGAGGCGCGAGGGCACCACACGUAUCAUCACCGCCAGUCAGAGGCGCUGUCUGGCAGACGGAAAACCGGACGCCGACGAUCAGAUGUGGAUGGUACCGCUAUCGUUCAGCUCCUCCCAGUCGCCCUCGGAGACAAUCCACAAGGUGAUUCUCUCGGAGCGGACCACCGAGGUGCGUCUGGAGAACAUCGGGCCCGACGACUGGGUCAAACUGAACCCCGGAGCAGUGGGAUUCUAUAGGGUACAGUACCCUCCGGAGAUGCUGGAACAGUUCAAAUCGGCCAUCGCCACCAAGGUGAUGCCGGCGCUAGACAGAAACAGCCUGGUCGACGACCUGUUCGCACUGGUGCAGGCCGGCGACAGUUCGACGGUGGACUUUCUGCGGCUGGCGCGCUCGUUUGUCGACGAGGACGAGUUCACGGUGUGGUCGUGUCUGCUGAGCAGCCUGCGCCGCCUGUGGCCGCUGCUGCAGCACACGGAGAUGCUGGAGCCGUUCCACGCCUACUGCCGACAGCUGCUGCGCACCAUUCACAAACGGCUCGGCUGGCAGCAGCGCGAGGGAGAGGGUCACAUGACGACCCUGCUGCGGCCGAUGGUGAUCGCCCACCUGGUAUCGUUUAACGACCAGCCGACGCUGGCCGAGGCGGAGCGUCUGUUCCGCGCGCACCAGGAGGGCACAGGCACACUGCACGCCGACCUGCGCAGCGCCGCCUACCGGGCCGUGCUCAAACGAGGCGGGAAGGCCGAGUUCGAUAUGAUGCUCAAGCUAUACCGGGAGGCUGAGAUGCUAGAGGAAAAGAACCGGAUCGCGCACGCGCUGGGCUCCAUCCCGGACCCGGAGCUGCUCACCAGCGUACUCGAGUUCGCCCUCUCGGACGAGGUUCGCGCCCAGGAGUCGGUGUUCGUCAUGAUUUCCGUGUCGGCCAACCGGCUCGGACACGAGCUCACCUGGGACUUCUACAAGCGUAACUGUCAGAUCCUCUGUGACCGGUACAAGGGUCGCCUGCUGGCCCAGCUGGUCAAGUCUCUGACCGAGGACUUCACCACGGAGGAGCGCGCUCUCGAGGUGGAGCAGUUCUUUGUCGAGCACCCGCACCCGGGAGCCGAGCGGAGCAUCCUGCAGUCGCUGGAGACGAUCCGCCUGAACGCUGCCUGGCUGCAGCGCGACCGGCAGGCGCUCUCCGAGUACCUGGCGCAGUGUCAGUAGCGGCCGCCCGCGGCGCCACCUCCGCCGUACCAGCCGAACGCUGUGUGGAAUGCAUUGUCCGAUUAGCACCGUGCUUGCAUGCGUUUGAUAUUGAUAAUGAGCGUCAUGUCCCACCACGUUGUAUAUCAAGUCAUGUGUUCGGUCCGCGCUAAGGCGCACUUGAUUCCCAUAGCAUAAUUCGAUCGCGCUAGCGAUGGGCUUGUUGCAGACGGUCGCGGGGCGCCCGCCGCGGCUCUGGGCGCUCCGAUGUACCGGGACGGUCUGAGAACCGCCGCCGGCGUCUGCCGGAGCCGGCGGCCGGCCGUCCCGCGCCGUGCUGCGCCGUUAUCAGUUCUCGACGUGGCCAUGGACUUGGUUGUGAUUUGUACAAAGCAAGUGCGCACAGUCCAUCGCCCUUCGGUCGCAGCUCGCCCCGGCGGCGUCGCCUCUUUUCGCCAUGCUUGAGUACAAUUACUGUCUGAACAAACGUUUGUUGAUUUUCUGUUCUCCGUUGAGUAAAUGCCAGUUAAUUGACACACGCCCACACCCAGUUGCCCCCAUGUUGACGCUUGCCCGGUGUUCGCUAGUGUCGUGUCUGCCGAGCUGUGAGACGCCCUCAUACCUCAGCUGUUGUGACCCAGCGGAGCGACGGAAGACACUCGGCGAAACUUAGCUCAGUCUGAUAAAUUGCCCACGGCCAUUCAUGUCAAAUGCGUGGAUUAGACACAAUGGAUUAAAUUGGAUUUGUUUGAUAGUCUGUGUCGUCUAUGAUGCAUAUAUGAUAAAUACAAUAGUAUGCAACA